AUGAACAGCGCCUUCAUCGGCGGCGGCCUCGCUGCGUGUGGUGCCGUCACGGCCACGCAUCCCUUCGAGACGGUUAAGAUCCGCAUGCAGUUGCAAGGCGAGCUCCAGCUCAAGGGCAACCAACCGUUGCAUUACCGUGGCCCUCUGCACGGGGUGGGCGUGAUCCUCCGACACGAGGGCGUGCGCGCCAUCUACCGCGGCCUCGGCUGCGCCUACGUCUAUCAGAUGGUGCUGAACGGGUGCCGGCUGGGCUUCUACGAGCCGAUGCGCGGCCGCAUGUCUCGCCUCUUCUACGGCACGGAGAAGGUGCAGAGCCUGCCCAUCAACAUGUUCUGCGGCGCGGGGUCGGGUAUCAUCGGCGCGGCCGCCGGGUCGCCCUUCUUCCUCGUCAAGACGCGCCUGCAGAGCUUCUCGGCCUCGCUGCCCGUCGGCACUCAGCACCAGUACCGCAAUGCCGUCGACGGCCUCUUGCAGAUCUAUCGCGGUGAGGGCAUCCGCGGCCUGUACCGCGGUGUUGGCGCCGCCAUGAUCCGCACCGGCUUUGGCUCCUCCGUCCAGCUGCCCACCUACUUCUUCGCCAAGAGGCGCCUCAUGCGCCACGCCGGUAUGGAGGAAGGUCCCGCCCUCCACCUCUCCAGCAGCGCCAUCAGCGGCUUCGUCGUCUGCUGCUUCAUGCACCCCCCCGACACCAUCAUGUCCCGCAUGUACAACCAGACCGGUAACCUGUACAAGGGCGUCUUCGACUGCUUCGCCAAGACGAUCCGCACCGAGGGCGUCCUCGCUAUUUACAAGGGCUUCCUGCCUCACCUCGCCCGCAUCCUCCCCCACACCGUCCUCACACUCUCCCUAGCCGAGCAGACCAACAAGCUUAUGCGCAAGGUCGAGAGCUUGGUUCUCUAA